AUGAUAAAAAAUAGAGUACAUUGCAUGCGAGGAGUCGGCUGGAAAUAAUUUCUUCUUGCUGAUAGGUUGUUGAGCUGCACCAGCCCUCACUUGCGCAUGGAUUGGCCUACUGCUCUUUUUUUCCUCCACUUUCUCAUUGGCUUUUGGCACUGAUAGUUCCCUGCCAUCCCUUUUUCAAUGAAUAUUGUAUGUGGACUCUCAGCCUUUGGUGCUCAUCGUUGGAAUCAGCUCGUCGAGUCAGAGGAAGAGGGCACCCUGGAUGAGCAGAGCACCAGAUGAUGGAAUUUAUCCCCGAGAUCACAGCAGCUGCUCGACCAACACUGUCUCCCCCGUCCUCCGAGAAUAGAUAAGAGAGACAGAAGAGCAGUGGGACUGAUACAGCGAGGGGAAGGAUGUUCUGCACGAAGCUGAAGGAGCUGAAGAUAGCAGGAGAGUGUCCGUUCUCCAGCGGCGCCCCAAAUUAUCAGCUCGGAGACUUUGAGGAGCGCUCCACUGACGCCGCGGAUUUACUGCCCGUUUCUAUGGACAUGCAUGGAAAAACAAGCGAGGAUCUACCUCCAAAGAAGACCAGCAGAGCCAAAGUUAACCUGCACACACUUGGGGAGAGCAUCAGAAAAUUGGCAUGUCCUGAUGUAAGUUAAAAUACAUGUAUUAGUAUUCAAUUCACGCAUCUUCUACAGCUUUCAGUAGAGAUUUGUCCAUGCACUUGGAUCUGUCCACCUAAACGCGCACACUCUUUCCACUUGACAUAUAGGUCUCUUUACAUGUGUGGCCGCUCCUGUUAUUAAAGCGAUUCUGAUGGCAGAUAACCGAACACUUUGUCAUACAGUUUCAGAGGCUGCACACUGCCCUUCAACGAAUGAUGAGACUGUCAGAUCACAACAGGGACUCUGAAAGGUAACACGUGUGUGUGUUUUUAAAUUCAGCUCCAACCAACACAUGAAUAAACAUUGCACUACUUCUGCUGCCGAUGCUACCGCUGUUGGAGAUGUUAAACCCUCACUGGUUUGGUUAUACAGCUAGAAUUCCUCAAAAUGUGACAAUAUUCUUGUAGCCUAACCCCUUAAAAUUUUUAUCUUGCAUAACCCUCACUGCCUUCAGUGAAAAUCCUGAUGAAAACAAGAAGGUGCGAGGCAGACUUUGGCUGCUAUGGAGACCAGGGCACUGAGAGAAAUCCUCCUAAAUCUGCUGAAAAAUACAAUACUUAAAAAAAAAACGUCAUGUAAACGAUGAAACAUUCUCCAUGUAUCCCCAGCAUCUUCAGCCUAUUCUGAUGUAAAUCUAAAUGUCUCAUUGGAAGCCUCUGAUUUUAACAUUUUAUAACAAACAUUUAGCUUUUUUUUCUGAGAAAACAGUUAAUUCAUUGAAAAAAAACAAAAAAAACCCCACAUUAUUUUAUGAUAAAAGUAGGUACUCAGUGCUAGUUUGGUCCACUGAGCGUGUCUGAUAUUUAUUGUUUGCAGUCAGACGAUUUGCUGUGCAGACUGUCUGAGUUGUGGUGAUGGCCCAGAACAUUUAAUUGAAAUGAUGAACAUCUACUCAACCAAAAGAGGUAACAUCAUACCCGUUGGUAAAAUGAUUGAAUAUCUUGAUUUUAUUUCAAAAUGAAGUAUGCUCUCAUGGCUUUAAAUGUUUCCUUUUCUAUGUUCCUGAUAGAUAUCCAGAUGGAAGCUGUAAAAGUCACCCUGGGCGAAGAGGUCUUCAACAUGUGCUUUGAGGAGGACGCUCACAUUUUAAGGGUGGUGGGGGGCGCUCUUCAUGACUUCCUCAACAGCUUCAAUGUCUUGUUGAAACAGAGCAGCAUGCCGCCCAACCGGGACAGAGAGGAUUGUGUAAACGAACCUUCGGUCUUGUGCUUAGAUAAAGAUCUGGGUCUGCUUACUGUCUAUUUCUUCAACCCUCGCCCGACCACUGAGCUCUUUUUCCCUGGAGUCAUCAAAGCUGCUGCCUCUCUGCUCUAUCACACCACCGUGGAUGUGUUGAUGGAGCCCUCCGCCGCAAGAGACAGCGUCCUGCAGUCCAGCCCGCAGCCCAGUCUUCUCUACACAGUUGUAGUCAAGGAUGCUAAAAACCUGAGUCCCAGUCCUUUGCGGGCAACGUCAGCAGGGACUCUUCCUACCUCUCUGUUUUCCACCAUUUUCCCUUUCCACCUGAUCCUGGACCCAGACCUAGUUCUGGUUCAAAUAGGACAUGGGCUCAGGAAGAGACUGAGCAGGAAGGACAGCCUGAGGCGGUCCACUACCUUCCAAGAACACUUCUCCAUUGUUUCCCCUCAGAUCAAAUGUACCUUUCAGGGUAUUCUGACCAUGCUGAACACACAGUUUAUCAUUCGGAUCAAGCAUGGAUGCUCCUCCACGGAUACCACAGGGAAGGUAUGUCCCCAUAUCUGAGGAAUAACCUAGGUACAAGUGUGACAUCACUGACUAAUGAGAAGGAAAAGGUCUCCCGGUCAUUGAAAAGAUAGAGAAAGAAAAACCAGGCUAUUUAUAAGCAUUGGUGCUUGUUAGUGGUGUACUACUUGGGUGCACUUGGCCUGAGGAAGGGAUCAACAUUAUACCCCCAGUAGAGAUCAGAAGCAAAUGUCAAACCCUUUUAUUCAUCAAAGGCACAGCCAUGCUUGUGCUAUUUAUGAGAGGGUACACAGAAAUCGGUCGCCACGAUAGGAGAAAAAAAAAACGUCAGUGGGUUAACAUGGCAUUGCUGUAAUGACUCCUGACAUUCCUGACAGUGAUGCUUCCUCUACCCCAGAAGUUUCACAGUUAAAGCGCACAGAAUAGUAAGAGAUGAGAAAACACACUAGGUAAAAACAGACCACGAGUGAAGGCCAAUUCAAUACCAUUACUAUCUCCAAAUGUGACCGAAAUUUCUGCUGUCAAUUAGUCCUUGUAGGAAGAUGCGAUUUUCCUUAACAAGUAACAGAUCUAACCAGCCCCUGUUAAUCUGUGUGGCCUUGAAAUUUUGUCUAAACAUGAAAAUGUUCUGCAAAUCAAACCAAAAUUGGUCCGCCAUUGCACAUGUCACAUCCAUUACCAAAUCAACUGCUGUGAUAUCUUAAACGUUAGCACCAGUAUGAUAUCAGAUUGUAUCUUUCACUGUAAAAUCUUUGGUCAACAGUGUGUCUAAGACUUGCACAGAUGAGGCUCCCAUGUGAUCAUCACUUACUCUGAAGUUUAUUCACUUACCUUUAUACAGAUAAGACAUCAGAUAGAGUAGGAAACUGAAAAGAGAGAGAAGAGAAUCACAUUAAGCAAAGGGCCAUGGCUCAGGAUCAAACCUGGGCCACCAGCUUUGAGGACUAGAAGCGAAUGCAAUGUCUUGUAACUUUAUUGGCAACACUGCUCGACACUGACCCAUGAUUUGUAGUGGAGCUGUUAUGUUUGGUCUGUGAAUGUAAACUUACAGAAAUGUGGACUAAAUGAGCACAAAGUCUGCACAGAGGGCUUGGUCUGUAUCCAUAUGCACAUCUUAAGUAGAGCAUAAAUGAGCCUUAAGCCAAACAAGCGCUCCUUAUUUUCUCUGAUACUCCUUUUCAGCGUGUUGCUUUUAAUAUUAUGGUUUCCCUUUUUAAAAAACCUAACAUGCACAGUCCAGAGUGAAUGGCGCAAAGUAACUGAGGGCGUGCACAAUAUGUUUGGCUAGUUAGGUGGCACACAACCUGGGUGCUAAAUAAGGCCAGAACACAAAGAGGUUUGGUUAAGUCUUUUGACUUCUAAAACGUGUGCUUUAGGCAUAAAACAAAUCAGUCGAAUCAGUGCGUCUACUCUCAUACCCUUUAAGAGCCAGGUGCUUUUACAGGCAGGUGCGUUACUAUUUACAAACCAGCAUAUCUUAGUUCUUCUUCUUCCACUGCGCCUUUAGAAAAGCAGAAAACAAACAAUCACUGUAAAAGUUCUGUUGGUGCAUGGGUUGAUAUUUCACCCAAUGAACAGGGAAACGGUGUGUACUUUUAUGUACAAAGCACACCAGUGUAUUUUCAUGAAUUAUUUAAAACUCCAGACGUGUUGAAAGUAUUUGAUAGGCUCUGCUGUUAACCACUAGCUCAUGUGCCUGACGGCCAAGAAAGGAGAGCUUUUUUGUGUGUUUUUUCCCUGCUGAAUCACAUGGAUGUAUUAGCUAUGUGCUACAUUCACACUGGAUACAAUCUCUAUUAAUAUUGGCACUAAUAGCAGUGAAAUGAAUUACUCCUUAGUUGUGUGUAAACAAGUGUGUGUUCUCCGUAUAUUGCAAUGGAGAGAGCUUAGUGACAGUCCCCAUCUGACAUUUGCUCUGCAUACCAAGAUGCUUUACACCAAGUGCAAGAUCUAUAUAUUCUAUAUAUAUAUUUAUAUAUCUCUUUAUCAAUAUCUUUAUAUACCAUUAAACAAGUGAUGUCGUGAUGAUCAGCUUGGACCCUUUGUUCAAAAAGCGAUUAGAUGACCUGAAUAGAAGCUAGACUAUCAGCUGCUUCAGACAACGUCAGCUCUACCACGUCAUUCACCUUGUUUUUACAAACUCGGACAUAAGCACUAUUCUUGGUGUAAGUGCACACUUAAUCGUCAGAAAGCCUAUUUAUCUCUGCACUAGUCUGAACACGGCACAAAUGUAUGUGUCCUUCUGCCUGAUAUAAGUACCUCUUACGAUCCCACCUCAGUAAAAGAAACUACCUUUGACUUUUUGAUGAAUUAUGGUAAUAUAAAAUCACAAUUAUGUCUGAUUUCCAGCCCUGUGAUGUAGCUUAGACAAAGAGUUUUUAAUGUAAUAAUACAGGCUUGUAAUUAAAGGCUAAAUAUGGCAUGAUCAGAAAAAACUCACUUCUCAGCCAAAGGCCUUGUCUGACAGUCAGUGGAUCAUGAAUAGCUUCUUCUCUGGAAACCAUGAAGUUCUUUACAUUUUGAUAGUUGCAGUAAUGUUUGGCUGUGGUUGGUGAAAACCCGUACUUAGUUAUAUGGGAUUUUGUUUGUUUAAUGCAUUCCUGCUCCACUGGAACAUCAACAAACCCUUUUUAAGCGUACUGUUUUUGCUGACAGACAGCUGCGGACAGCUGUGCUUUUAUAAAUGUCACACAUGAGACAAGUUUGCUUUUCUUUAAGAUCAAUGCUUAAACCGUUCACAUAUGCCCUGUAAGAGUUUGUACAUGUAUAUGUUUUAUUUCUAAAUUUAAAUGCAUGGAUGCUGCUGACCAUAACAUUACUUUUCUUUGAUUUGCCGUGGGAAAUUUGUUGUCAAAGUAAACUUAAAGAAACCUCUGCUCCAGGAUGUUGCCAAGUACAACUAAUCAGCUUUCAAAAAGAAAAGUUAUAGAACUACAAAUACAGUAAGGCAUAAGUUUACCAGUUUUUAUAAAAGUCAACUAUUCUUGUCAUCCAUUAUUUCUUCCAGCUCAUGGACCUGAAAGGUCAGAUGAUCUACGUGGCAGAGUCGAACGCUAUCUUGUUCCUGGGCUCACCAUGUGUGGACAAGCUGGAGGAGCUGACAGGCCGUGGCCUCUAUCUAUCAGAUAUCCCCAUUCAUAAUGCACUUCGGGACGUUGUGCUGGUUGGUGAGCAGGCCAAAGCACAGGAUGGUUUGAAGAAACGUUUGGGGAAGGCAAAGGCAGCAUUGGAGCACGCUCACCAAGCUCUAGAGGAAGAGAAGAAGAAAACAGUAGACCUUCUCUUCUCCAUCUUCCCUGGCACUGUGGCACAGCAGCUGUGGCAGGGCCAAACUGUGCAGGCCAAGAAGUUUGACAGAGUUACCAUGCUCUUCUCAGACAUUGUAGGCUUUACUGCUGUGUGCUCACGCUGCACCCCGAUGCAAGUGAUCACCAUGCUAAAUGAGCUGUACACCCGGUUUGACCACCACUGUGGAGAGCUUGAUGUUUACAAGGUAGGUCAAAGCAAUUUAAAGGCUUACUGCUGAGCAAUCUAAAUGAUACGCCUGAUUUAUGAUGCUCCUUAGCCUGUAUUUAAAUUGAUCUUUGUGCAACAGCUUGAUUCAAAAUCAGUGACAGAACAAUGUUAAACACAUUUGGUAUUAUCACAGUAUAUUAUUCAAGAUCUACCUCGAUUGAAAAAAAUUUAAUAAAAGGAUCUUAAGCAGGUGGACAUAACUUGUCGCAGGGCCUGUGUCCAUUAAUGCCAUUUCUAGCGCAGGCAGUACCCAUGACUAAAUUUUUAGAGCAGUUAUUACCAGCCCUCACUGUUGCUAAGUUAUGAAAGUUGUCUUGUGACACAGACAAUGAAAAAGUAACUGAUAGAUAUGUUGCAGAAUUACCAGCAGCUCUCUAAAAUUGAUACCUUUGCAAAAAGAACUGGUGAGUUUUUACGGGGCUUUGCAGCGUUGUUGAAAAAAGUCAAAGUCGGGAACUCUUCACCCUCUAGAUUUUAAUUGGUUGGUAAUGGAGAAACACAGAUGAGUGUGAUGGAUGGUCUUAAAAUUUGAUUCUUGUCAAGGGACAAAAAACUGUGGAUGUGAAGAGUGUUUUGUACUUCAGAUGCAGAGUACUGAACUGCUCUGAUUUUGUAUUGGAAGGAGGGUCUUCCAGCCCAAAGGAAGUUGUCAGUGGACAUAGGCCCUUCUGUGAAACUACAGUAUUAUACUUUUCAGCACUUGGUAUAAUUAAGGGUCUUGAGGCUCGCAUCACUGUUCAGUACACCUCUUGUUGGAGUAUUUUAGUUUCAAGCAAACACUGAAAUUAUUUUUUCAUUGAUUAUAGAAUAUGAUAUUGUGCAGUCAGAGACCUGCUGCAAUCAGUAUAGAAAGAAACCCAAACAAUUCAGACUUUGUGUAUUAAGUGUGUGAUUUCCCCAAAGGAUGUUAAAGAGCUGUCUUCACACAGUCAUAUAUUUGGAAAAUCUGAGAUUUAUAUCCCAUCAGAUUCAAUCAAUUGAAAUAUUUUGACUAAAAAAAAAAACCAAAUCAGCCAAAUGAUGCAAAAAAAGUAAAAGAUCUCAAAGGUGAAGCAGCUAUGGCCUGAUCUUUGGCUGACUAAAAACAUCGUAAUCUGCUUUUUAAGUUUCUGUUUGGUAAAUGAUGGUGUUACAAUCACCAGACAGUUUAGAGUUAGAUGAUCAAGUCCAACUGGAGCUGAAAGACUGAAAAACAAGUCCGUUUUUUUAUGCCUAAUUUACUAUGUAACAUGGUUUGUUUUAACAUACCAUCUUAUGUCUAUACAUUUUUAAGUGAUAUGAAAACAGUACAUUUUUCUCAACAAAUUUCACAGAAAGUGACUAUGGCUCAAACAACAACCUUGGAGUCUGCCAAAGGCCGCUAAUCUCUAGGGAGGUUGGACAAUGUAAUCAAAGUGUCAAGGAAGCUUAACAGAAAGAGCAGCAUGCAUGACAAAUACCUCGUAAAACGCAAGGAAGUCAGAGGUUCCUUCAGGACCCUGUUUCCACUCCACAUGUGUUAGGGCCUAAAAAUAGUUUCACUUUGUCUCUGCCACAUAGCGGCUGAGUGCUCUCUGGGCCAGAUUUACAAGAAGCAGAGAAAAAAGAAGAAAUACUUGUGGACUUUUUCAGACGACCAGGGAUCAAGCACCAUCACAGUUUAAGUUUUAUUACUCUUGGGUAUUCUGCCCUUUGUCUUCUCCUGUAAGAUGAGAAGUGUGUCAGAUUGUAAAGGGAUUCUGAUGGAUAUCCUCUUCACAUUUGUAAUUUAAGUCAAGAGGUAUUUUCUUGAUGUUUUUCAUACAGUUUAAAAAUUCACUCUGUGUAGACUCGCUGAUAAGGAGGCUCUUGACUUUGAGUAGGGCGGUUCACAAUCAACCUUCAAUCCCUUUUUCUAUGUCAGGUUAGAGAUCAUUUCAGUUAUGAUCCACUCUGCAGGUGGAGACCAUUGGUGAUGCUUACUGUGUUGCUGGAGGUUUGCAUAAGGAGAGUGAGAUGCAUGCCGUCCAGAUAGCACUCAUGGCCUUAAAGAUGAUGGAGGUCUCCGAUCAUGUUAUGACGCCCACUGGAGAACAAAUACAGGUGAGGGUUAUGAAUAGUUCAAUGCUGUUCACAUAAAUUUAUUUGAAAGUGUAAACUCUGAGGGAGUUUUUUUCAUUGAGAUCCCCUUAAAAUGUCCAAUUUUCAAUGAAUCUCUAUAAAACUCUAUAGAAAUGUUAGAAAAUACUGUGCUGUCUUCGCUAUUCCUAUUAGCAUCAUGAUGUAUUAGCUACUAAUGAAGGAAUGAAAUGCAACUGUAUGCCACAGCUUUACCGUCACUAUAAUUUUUACUGAGUCUUCAGCUGCUGAAAGCACUGAGAACAAUGCAUGCAAGAAAAAGGCUUCAGAAAAAAAAAUGCAACUGCAGUAACACAGACCCAUAAGGUGUUGACAUCAAGUGCUGCUGAGAGAGACACAGUUUUUCUCAUUUGGUCACCAAGAAAUAUUCUCAGUGCACUUUGCCUCUCAUACACUGGACCUUUACCUUUUAUAAUAUGAAGCAUCAGCAGAUCAAUCUUUUCAAAAUUCUUGUUUUAUUGUAUGAAACUAGAGAGCAAUGUGACUGUGCAAACGAGUGGUCAACUGUGGCCACUAUACAAUAACAGUAUCACUUUGUUAUUGAGGAUUUGAUCAAAUACAACAGUUUCAAAAUACCUACACCUACCAUUUAAUGCACAUCAGAAUCAAAUAUACAUGGUUAUCUUAGAACAUAUUUUGGAUGGAUUUUUAAUAAAUUCAUGUACAUGGAAAAACACACUAGAUUACUUUUCAGAUGCCAGAACAUGACAGCUAUUUAAGUCAGGUUCAAUAUUUAACUCCAAUCUAGAGACUGCCUGCAGUGUCUGCAGACAUUAUUUGUUAAUUUAGUGCAGGAAUUGUUUGCUGCUGAUGAUUUAGGCCUUUUCAGUGUAUUUCCAGUGCAAACGCCCCAAUCAUACAUGAUAGAAAAGUUCAUUUUUUCAUGCACCCCAAUCGGACGGCUGAUAAAUCAAGAACAAAAAGAAAUCUGAAGCAUUUUAAAUAUUAUUUUUUUCUGCAGAUGCGCAUUGGCCUCCACACUGGUUCUGUGCUGGCUGGUGUGGUUGGGGUGAAGAUGCCACGGUACUGCCUUUUUGGAAACAAUGUCACGUUGGCCAACAAGUUUGAAUCUGGCAGUCAACCCAGAAAAAUCAACAUCAGCCCAACAACCCACAGGUGAAGUUACCAUUCCAAGUCCAGGUCCAUCAAGUAGUUGCAAACAGAUUCACUUGGCAAAUUAUUAUUGCUUUUAGAGCCAUUAACUUCCUUCACCCAAUAGCUCAGUCUAGAGAAAGCAAGUAAAAGUGAAAGAGUUUGAAUAUAUAAAGUUAUAUUCAAAUAAGUCAGUGCUGUAUGGUAUUGUUUGUUUCCUACGGGGAAAAAAGUAGUUCUCUCGACAGGAAACCUAACUUUUAGAAGAGCUCUGCGUUUCCUCUUGUGUCAAAUAAUUUGCCACAUUGUUUUUAGUUCCAUGUUUUAUUUGUGUGCUCUGUGUCCCAGAUUGCUGAAGGAUCGCCCUGAGUUUGCAUUUGUUCCCAGGAGCAGACAGGAGCUUCCGGCCAACUUCCCAGAGGACAUCCCUGGUGUUUGUUACUUUUUAGAGGCAUCCUUCAAAACUUCAGAACUGACUCUGAAAUAAAGUAAAGCCUUCGCAGAGCCACAAAAAAAUGUUUAAACAUAGAUGUAUCUAGUGAAAACAGUGACACCACCUUGUGAACUUUGGUUUGGGUUGUUUAAAUAUUGAUGAUAUUGUCUAUGUGUCAAGCUCUUGCAUCUUUUUGAUUACAGAGAUGUCAGUUUGCUGUAAAACAUGAGUGUCUUUUCUUUACAAUGUCCAUUUGUACAGAUGUAGCACAGACAAAAACCCACUUCAUUGAUUUUUCUUCCAGAAUGAGCCGUCUUGGAAAACUCCUAUGUACUGAAAAUGUCUAUAUGCUGUUGAUGGCAAAUUUUAGACUGUUUUGUUCAUUUUCACAGGUGUAUGCUUUGGUAUAUGUAAAAAACAAAAACAGUUAAAGUGUGGGCAAUUUUUCAAAAUGAUUCUGUAGCAUCUGAUUAGCAGUAAGGAAAAUGAAAUCAUCUUCUUGUAUAACGUGGAUAUGAUAAAAACAUAGUUUGGGUAGUAUUGCUCAGUAGAGAAAUAAAUCUGCUGAUGUUUUUUUGUAAAUAUUUGAUCGGCUUAUUUACGCCAGGUAAAGCAUCUCGGCCUGUUGGUACAAGACUAAAUCGAGUUUUACAGAUAAUUUAAGCUAAAGUUAAGAAAAAGCUUCAAAGAUUAUGCAGACAAACGUCUUGAGCCGAGAUUCAGGCUGUAUUUGAAUUAUGUAUGCAGAGAAGAUUUAGGUGCCUUAUGGAUACUGUACUGGCAGGAUCACAGAUAUUAAAAAGUAGUAGUGGUUGCUUUUUGUUUCUUUAAGUAUUCAGUUUGAACAUAUGUGUUAAUAACUUCUUCCAAAGUUUUGUGGUUCCAACUCAGUACUAUAUAUUUGUACUAACAUGUAACUUGGACUUCCAUUUAUUGGACAUGAAACAUUCUAAAAUAGCAUUUUCCUACUACAUGUAACUCAAAUGUAUUUUUUACUUUUUCCACCCUACACAUGUUUGUUCUAUAUUUAUAACAUUGGUAUCAAUGCACACCUUUGCUACACAACAGGAAUACAACACAACAAAUAUCCAGUGAAUGUUAUGUAUUAUCAGGCAUAAUGAUGUAUUUUAAUCAUUAUUGAAAUGUAAUAACGCGCAAUAAAAAUUGGCAUUAAUAGACUAAAAUGUGAA